AUGAAUACUCGGUAUCUCACAGGAUUCUAUCUAGGAAAAGAAGAUGAUGGUACAAGUUAUAUAACUUAUGAUAAAGGAGACCAAUCGUACUUUGGUCGCCUGAAGCUGAAUUCAGAUGGAAAAUUGAAAAUAGUUGGGUGGGUUAACAAGACAGAGUAUGGGCCAUGGAUAUUUCAAGACUCUAAAUGUGAUGUCUAUGGUUAUUGUAUGAACUUUGGAAUCUGUAAUCGUCAGAAUUCAACCAUUUGUAGCUGUUUUAGUGGGUUUGAGCCAAAGAAGCCAAAGGAAUGGAACACAAAUAGUUGGACAAAUGGGUGUGUGAGAAAGACGCCAUUACAAUGCAAAGGAGAUGGCUUCUUAAAGCUACAGAAUAUGAAAGUGCCAGAUUUUGCAAAGAGAUCAGAUCUUGAGGAAGCAAAUUGCAGAACACGGUGUUUGGAGAAUUGUUCAUGCUUAGGAUAUGCAUAUGAUCCUUACAUACAGUGCUUGUCAUGGAGUGAUAGAUUAAUUGACAUGCAAAGAUUUCCCUUAGGAGGAGUUAAUCUCUACAUCCGUCUUGCAAAUUCAGAGCUUGUCAAGGAAGCAGGGAGAAUUGGUGCAACUUCACCUUUAGAGUAA